AUUGGUGUCUACUAACCUUUUUGAUCAUGUGAUUGUACAUAUAUUCGCUGAAUGAUGUUGACUACCAAAUCAAAAUUGCGAAUAUUAGCGCUUCACGGAUAUAUGCAAUCAGACAUGAUCUUUAGUGCUAAAUUAGGAUCAUUGAGAAAAAGAUUUAAAAAAGAAAUAGAUUUCACGUUUAUAAAAGCACCACAUAAAGUUCCAUCCCAAAAUAAAACUAGUCAAGAAGAUACCAAUGAAAAUGGAUAUGGAUGGUGGUUUAAUACAGAAGAUCAUGUGUUUAAAGCUACAGUGCCUAGUAACUUGUGUGUAGGAUUCAAUGACAGUGUAGCUGUGAUCGAGAAAGUGUUCUCAGAACAAGGUCCUUUCGAUGGAAUAUUGGGUUUCUCACAGGGAGCAGCUUUUGUCAGUAUACUGUGUGCUAUGAAGAAGAAGAAAAUAUUACAAAUCGAGUUUGAUUUUGUUAUUAUGAUAUCUGGAUUUAAGUCACUGUGUGUACCUCAUGCAAAGUAUUAUGAUGAAGAAAUCGAUAUGCCUUCCUUUCAUAUUUAUGGAGAGAAUGAUCAAAUCAUUCCAACAGUAAUGGCAGAACAAAUUAGUUGUCUAUUUUCAAAUAAAAAAGAGCUACGGCACGAAGGUGGACAUUACGUGCCGAGUAAAAAAGAUAUUUAUAGGGAUUUUGUAAUGGAAAUGCUUAGCAAAUAUAAGAACUUAAGUAGUUAACAAUGGUCUUAUUUUAUUAUUAAAUUUUAUUUACCCGGUUUAGCAUGCAACUCUAUUAGAAAAACAUUUUUUGUGUACAUGAAUAAUAGAUAAAUACAGGGUGAAUCAGUCGUUGAU